UCGGGGCCAUGGGGAACGUGCUUUACCCUGCGCCCCUCCUGCGAAGGGGACCCCGCAGAGAGGAGCCCCUGGCUAACCCGGGCAGUUUUGAUGAACUCCACAAGAAAUGCAAAGAAGUCUUCCCUCAGCAGAUGGAAGGGGUCAAGCUGAUCAUUAACAAAUCCCUCAGUAGCCAUUUUCAGGUGUCCCACACAAUCCAUAUGAGCACAAUCGGGCAGUCAAAUUACCACCUAAAUGCGAUGUAUGUUGGGGAUCAACAGACCACUCCCACAGAGGCCUUCCCGACCCUCAUCGGGGACAUCAACACUGCUGGAAGUCUCAACGCUCAGGCGCUCCUCCUACUGGCAGAGCGGAUCCGGACGAAGGCAGUCUUCCAGACGCAACAGUCCAAAUUUGUGACUUGGCAGUUUGAUGCCGAAUACCGGGGCGAUGACUACACCGCCACCCUGACGCUGGGCAACCCGGAUUUGAUCAGCGAGUCAGUUAUUGUCGUUGCGCACUUCCUGCAAAGCGUGACUUCACGACUGGUUCUAGGUGGUGAAAUGGUAUACCACCGGCGGCCGGGUGAAGAGGGUGCCAUUGUCACAUUGGCCGGGAAGUAUACAGCUCUCAAAUGGGUAGCCACGCUUAACCUUGGCUACGGUGGGGCUCACGCCAGCUACUACCACCGAGCCAACGACCAGAUUCAAGUUGGGGUAGAAUUUGAAGCUAACACGCGGCUGCAGGACACGAGCUUUGCUUUUGGUUAUCAGCUGACCCUUCCUCAAGCGAAUAUGGUUUUCAAAGGCUUCUUGGAUAGUAACUGGUGCGUGGGGGCCGUUCUGGAGAAGAAGUUGCCCCCUCUGCCCGUCACCCUGGCCUUGGGCUCCUUCCUCAACCACUGGAAGAAUCGGUUCCACUGCGGCUUCAGCAUCAUCGUGGGCUGAGAGCUCUAGGACUCGUCUUGGCCGGGAGAGGCGCCGU